UACUUCUAGCCAAAACUUAAAACCCUAAACCCCUUUCUCACGAUCUUCCCCUCUCUUCUCUCCGCGACAUUAGCAAGGGUUUGAGAAAAAAAAGAAGAUGAAUCUCAACAACGUUAAAGUGCCGAAGGUGCCAGGUGGUGGUGCAGUAUCUGCGUUGCUUAAGAUUGGGAUUAUCGGUGGGCUUGGUCUCUACGGGGCCACACACAGUCUCUACAAUGUUGACGGAGGUCAUCGAGCCAUCAUGUUCAACCGUUUAGUCGGUGUUAAAGAUAAGGUUUACCCUGAGGGUACACACCUUAUGGUUCCUUGGUUCGAAAGGCCGGUCAUCUAUGACGUUCGUGCACGACCUUACCUUGUUGAGAGUACUUCCGGAAGCCGUGAUCUCCAGAUGGUGAAAAUUGGGCUGAGGGUUCUCACGCGUCCCAUGGCAGACCAGUUACCUGAGAUCUACAGAACCCUUGGCGAGAACUACAGCGAGAGAGUUCUGCCUUCUAUAAUCCACGAGACUUUGAAAGCUGUUGUUGCUCAGUACAAUGCAAGCCAGCUUAUCACUCAGAGAGAGGCGGUCAGUAGGGAGAUCAGGAAGAUUCUGACUCAACGAGCAACAAACUUCAACAUUGCUCUUGACGAUGUCUCCAUCACGACCUUGACUUUCGGGAAGGAGUUCACAGCUGCCAUUGAGGCAAAGCAGGUGGCUGCUCAAGAGGCUGAGAGGGCUAAGUUCAUCGUUGAGAAGGCCGAACAAGACAAGAGGAGUGCAGUUAUCCGCGCUCAGGGAGAAGCCAAGAGUGCUCAGCUCAUAGGUCAGGCAAUCGCAAACAACCAAGCGUUCAUAACGCUCAGGAAGAUCGAGGCGGCUAGAGAGAUUGCUCAGACCAUAGCACACUCGGCCAACAAGGUGUACCUGAGCUCUGACGAUCUUUUGCUUAACCUACAGGAGAUGAACUUGGAUGUGAAUCCAAAGAAGUAGAGAGAGGCUUCUUAAGCAAACACACGUGUGGUGGUUUGUGUCAGUCUUUUCAAUUCUCUUGCAUCCUUUGGAACAAAAGCUAAGACCUUUGGAUUGGUUAUCUACUAUUAUCCCAAGCUUAUAGCCUUCUUCCAUUAAACAAGGAAGAAGAAACUGUUUUUGCUGAACGAGUCAAUUGUGUUACACUAGUUUUUGCAUUAAAAGGUUGCCGAUAAAAUAUCUCAAUGAAUUAAUGUUCCAAGAGACAAAGUGAGAUCUUUGUACAUUUUUUUUCAUGAUCAGUACAAGGAAUUAUAAUA